UUGGGGUGUUUUUCUUGAAGGUGAAUAACUGGUACAGAGCUCUGCUUUGCUCUCAUCUGUCUCUACAUCAGGACACCAGGGUAAGUGGCUCUAAAUCUUCAGCACAAACUCACUGGCUUCUUCUUUCACCAGGUCACCAGGAUUUGGUUGCUCUUUAAAGGUGCUGAAAUUUGCUCAUGACCAGGUAGCGAGUUCCAGGAUUUGUCUCCUUUCACAGAAAAAACUGGGUGAGCAAAAGAUGUUUUACAGAAUGAAACUUUACAGUGACCACUUAAAAGCUGCUCUGGUGGAUCUCCUGCAGCUCUGCAGUCUCAUUAUGUUUGUACAGAAAGGCUGUUUGUAGUCUGAUUGUAGAGGCACUCUACAGGUUUGAUGACUGGCUGGAUUGUCCUGGACCAGGUCUCUAUUUACCCCCAGAUAUUUGGCCUUUGCUCCACACACUUAAGUUGUGACAUUCAGAGGCCCUGUUGAAGGUUUUACAGAAAAGCAGAUUGACUUGGUUAUUUUGAAGACAAGAGGCACCGGGCCAAGUUGAUAUUUAUUCAAAGUUUCAGGUUUUCUCUUUAGCAUGUACAGCUGAGUCAUUAGCAUACAAGAGCUAACUUUGACAACUAUGUUAAAUUAAGUCUUAGUCCUUGGACUCAAAUGUCUUCUGGUUGUCAUUUGUAUUUAGUCGUUUUUGCACCUUAUACAUGUAGCCUAGUCUUAGUCAAAAAAAAAGUCAUCACUUUAAAUAAUUAUUUCUCACAUUUCUUCAUGCGAGUCUAUAAAUAACAGGGACUCUGUAACUUCUUUUUCACUCCAGUCUCCAAGAAACACCAUGGAGGAUCAAGAUGACAAUGACCAGAUAGAGAAAGAAGUCAAAGAGGCUCUACAAAUGGAUGACCGAGCCUCAGCUGCUGCUAAGAUCCAGCAGUAUUUGGAGAGAGACAAAAACGUUUCUCUAAAUAUUGCUGUCACAGGAGAGUCUGGCAGUGGAAAAUCCACAUUUGUUAAUGCUAUCAGAGGUGUACAUGUUGAUGACAAAGGAGCUGCACCCACUGGUUGUGUAGAAACCACCAUGGAGGCUACACCAUACCUCCAUCCAAACUAUCCUAAUGUCACAGUCUGGGAUCUUCCUGGAAUAGGCACCAUGAAAUUUCCAGCUGAUAAGUACCUGGAGAAGGUUGACUUUGAAAAGUUUGACUUCUUCAUCAUCAUCUCAGCUGAUCGAUUCACAGAAUAUGAUGUGAUGUUGGUGAAGGAGAUCCAGAGGAUGAAGAAGAAGUUCUACUUUGUCCGCUCCAAGAUUGACGAUAAUAUACGAAAUGAAAAAAGGAAAAAGGCUUUUGAUAAGGAGAAGACUCUCACAAAAAUCAGGGACAAGUGCAUCAAAGGUAGGUGAUACCACAGACAUAAUUAGAAGACUAGAUACGCCUGCCCACUAAGCGACUUGCCUAUGAGGCAGCUAUCGUAGCAGGGACAUUUUUCCCAUUAAAGGCAUUAGAUGUACAUGGGAAAUGUUUUAUUUUAGUUUUUGAAUCAAAUGCUCUGCAUUGAUAGCACACGUUUUGGUGUUGACAAUAAAGUCAACCUCAUGAAAAUCAGUUAAGAAAUGAGCAGGAUAUGAUUUAUUUCUCAUGUACAUCUUAUGCCUUUAAAGGGAAAGUUGCCCUUGCUAAGAUGGCUGCCACGUAGGUAUGCAGCUGAAAGGGGCAUUUCGUAUCUACUGUUCAUAUCUACGGGUGACACAUCCUGAUACAAUAUACUGCACAAAAAAAAUGGAGGCCAUGACUGUCCCAGGCUUGAAAGCCAAAAACGAAAGCUCCCCCUGCUGACUAGCUGCAGUUAAGGUCAUAACCUCAACUUUCAUGUAAACAGAAAGGAGAGUCAAACUGAAAUAUAUGAAGGUCUGACAUCAGUCCAGUGAGGCCUCCAGCUAGGCUGCUUCAGAGCAUUUCUUGGUUUCACCAGCCCAAUUGUCAGCUUCCUUGAAGUCAGUCACAAUUAGAAGAAUAAAGUGACAUUGUCCAUAAAUAUUCUAAGAUUCAAAGAACGUGCCUGUUUGCACUUAAAGACACCCUAGGUUUCAGUCAAGUUGAUUUAGGGUCAGGGUCAGGGUCAGGGCACCAUCUCUUUGAUAUCAAAUAUUUGAAAGCUUUCAGUUCAUGGUUAAUGAAAGCUCUCAGGCACUGUGCCCCUGGUUUUGUGGGCAGAUCUAAGAUCCUGGUCUGAUGAGAGGCUGUUAUUAUUACUUCUUAUCAAAGUGAUGUCUUGUACUUUAGCCUUAAUAUUGAUUUCUUUUUAAUCAGACUUAUUUUAUUGUCUGUGGUGUUUCUUUGUGGUUGUUAAGUCUCUUGACGUUUUGUUGCUUAAGUUUAUGAGGAAGACAAAAAGAGGAACAACUUUCACGGUUGAGAUUACUUGAAUUUUACAAUCACAGCUAUGAUUAAAGCAGAGGUCCAAAAUCCCACAGCACAUGUGUUUACAGAGCUCUGCUGUGUCUGCAGUCAGGCACUCGUGGCAAAGUCCUGCAGGUUGGAAUCAAACCUGCCAUCUGUUCAGAGGACUACAGCCUCUGUACAUAGGGCAUGCACCUUCAAUGCCCUGUAUAUCCAUAUUGUACUUCUUGUUUAUCAGCCUAUUUCUCUUUUGUGACACAGGUCUUCAAGAACAAGGUUUUGAGUCUCCUGAGGCUCAGGUCUUCCUGGUGUCCAGCUUUGACCUCCACCUCUAUGAUUUCCCUCUGUUAGAGGACACUCUGGAGCGAGAACUUCCUGAACACAAGAGAGAUGUCUUUAUGUUAGCCAUGCCCAACAGCAGCCUGGAGAUGAUCUCUAAGAAGAAGAAAGCUUUUCAAGCCAAGAUUAAACACUUUGCAACUCUGUCUGCAUCCUCAGUAAGCGAGCUUGCUGAGGAUGCACAAAGAGUACUCAGUAAGGCCCUGAGUCUGAACGACGCAGAGUAAUAAUUCAGAGUGUUACCAACAUUCUAAAGUAAGAGAAGAACCUCUGAUAGAAAGUUAGACGGGGGUUAGAUUUGGAUCAAAGAGCAUCAAACAUUUUACAGCUGAUCAGUCCAUCCAUCCAUUCCAGUUUUUACGCAGUCAGAUUUAAGAUACCUCCACACGUUAACUUAAUAACUUUUUGCUUGAAAGCAUGUGAAGCUUGGUAUUUUUUUGCUUUCAGAUAAGCCUUAACCUAAGCUUUUUUUGUUGUUGUUGUUUUAGCCAUUUUUUAUUUUUUAAUGAUUGAUGUGAUUUUUUCUGAUAUUGUUCGUAUUUAUUUGUAAAACAGUGUUUAACAGAGUGCCUUGAAACUUCUGCAUAAAUAAAGCUUUUCUCUCUGAA